AUGGAUGACGAACUACCCGCAGACGGCGUUUCCUUCCCACUCAUCGUCACUUUCAGAAGCGACCCCAACCUCUUUUCCGCGGAGCCGUCUGCGCCAUGCGCCAUUGCCUUCUGCCAGCAUCUUGCACUGACUCACGUGCGGAACUUGCAUGUCGCCGGGAUCAUCCCGCCGACAUAUGACGAGGACCAAACGAAGGAGUGGGUGCAACUGUUCAGCGGCUUGAGCAGUCUGACGACACUCGGCACGGCCGGACUGGCGGCCUACCGACUCCCUGACAUGCUCAAGGCGAAGAUGUUGGACGACAGCGACCGGCUUUGCUUGGGCACGCUACAGCGCGCGGAGGUGGAGGCUGUCAGCUUUGGUGUGACGGAGACGUUUCGGCGCGGGGAGCCUGGAGACUUCACGGAGCAGCUGGUGCAGAGUCUCGUGAUUCGGGCGCAGGAGACCUCGACGCUGGCGACACUUGUAAUCAAGCGGUCGAAGUGCGUGGACCUGCCUGAUGUCAAGAUGCUGGAGAAGUUCGUGGGGAGUGUAGAGUGGGACGGAGUUGUCGAUGCAGAUUCAGGUCAGGAGGACUUCGAGCUGAACUACUAUUGA